AGUACUACUGCUACAGUGCAGCUAGCUGCCCUGACAAAACUAGCAAAGCAGUGAGCAGGACGGGUCUCUGAAGCGCUCAAAUCCUUGUCCAACUAGCACUCUCCUCGAGCCAGACAGAAUGCCUUUGCUUCCGCUUCUGUGAAGUCUGCUGGUUGCACCUAGCUUUUGAAAUGGGGAGAGGGGCAAUGGGCUACGAGCAGGCCUCCGACAACGCAGACGGCCGCACCGCCUUCCGCAAAGCUGAGAAGCUGUACAAGCUGUACACUGAGCGGAAUCCCAAAAGCGGUGAAAGUGGUAAAGGCAGCAGGAAAACGAAGCAGGAGGUGGACUUGUCAGGCGUGAUUGACCUGAAUCGCAUCCAGGAAGAUGGCGCCUAUGCUGAAGAAAGAGGUGCGCAGAGGUUGGAGAGUGGAUGUAACCGUCCCACGUACAUCCUGCAUUCGCAUCCAGGUCUCUACCUUGUGCCUGGUGCAAUCCCUGUUUGCAAACAACAGUACUGGAUCCAACAAGCGCUGGAAGUCUUUCCUGAGCCCCCAAACCGCACCAAUCACAAUGCAGAGUACGGUCCAGUAAAGGGCCUCUGGGGCUUAGCACAGAAAGAGUUGAAGUCUCAAGCUGAUGCAAACACAGUACGGUCUGUGAAAGCACAAGCAGAGCGAGUCUCUGGAACGGCUUCAAACGGCGGUUGUUCAAGACUGAAUAGAAGGGCAGAGAACGGGGUUCGUUCCACAGAGCUGGAAGGCACAGGAAGCCGGUCUUUGACGUUGGAAGCGGAAUCGCUGGAUCCUGGCUCGUCUUGUUCAGCUGAACCGGUGCACGCUUCAAGCAGAAAAGCAGGAGCCUCAUUUCAAAACGGGCAUUUGGACGCUGCGAUUGAAGGACCAGGCACCACUGGUAGAGCGGAAUCCUCCUCCAAAAUUACUGAUCCUAUGUUGAAACGCCGCCCCUCGGCUGCAAAACUCUUGCGGAAGCUCCGAUGGGCUACGCUGGGUUUGCAAUACGACUGGUCGUCUAGGAGUUACGAUGAGAGCCUGCCACAUGCGCCGUUCCCUGCUGACCUGGCCGAUUUGGCCGCCAGGCUGGCGGCCCCCGCUAUGCGACACCUGUCUGUUCAGAGCGUUUCAAAUCCAAAUUUUGUUCAGCAACCUCUUCGAUCUCCGGAUUUGGAACGCUCGGAAGGAGAGUGUCAAACCGGGAUUGAAAGUGGGCCGGACAGUGAGAGUACGAGUGAAGGGGAUCAAAAGAGUGCAAACGAAAACGUGCGGGGGCGGAAGGAUGCGAACGGGAGCGAAGAGAGGCAGAAGACUGAGAAGAGAAGCGAGGGGGGGUGGAAAAGUGAAAGCGGGAGCGUGGGAGAACGGAAGAGGGAGAGUAGAGGUAACGGGGAUCUGGAAAGUGAGACUGGAAGAGAAGGGGGGCAACAAAUCGGGGAGGGGCCUCCGGGGGGGGAGUGUAAAGCGGGGCGGAAGAGUGAGAACACGAGCGAUUGGGGACGGAAGAGUAAAAAGGGCCUCCAGGAAAGAGAAAGUGAAAGUCAAUUCGCGGAGUGCAGGAAAGAGGGGCCGGGAAGGGAGUUUCGAGCGGAGGGGGCGAUUGUAAACUACUACGGGCCGGCAGAUGCGCUGAGUGGGCACUUGGACGACGUGGAAGAGAACAUGGAUCUGCCGAUUGUCAGCAUAAGUUUGGGAUGCAAAGCCCUCUUCCUGAUCGGAGGCGAGACACGCGACGUUCCCCCGACGGGCAUCUUUCUGCGGAGCGGCGACGUGGUUCUCAUGGCGGGCCCUGCUCGAAGAUGCUACCACGGUGUGCCCCGUAUCUUUACCGACGCUCUUCACAGCGACCUGCCCCCAGCGAUCCAGCGAGACUCUGCCGACACUGACUUCCGGCCGUUUGCCGACUACAUUGCGAGUUCCCGCAUCAACAUCAAUGUUCGCCAGGUGCAUUGACGGAUCCUAUCAACGAUUGGAACAUUUGUGGGCCUGCAGGAUGCUGGCCUGAGCUUGAGUAGAGCUGUGCUAAAACGUCGGCAAACAGAUGUCAGAACGCUCCUUCGGACGACUCCUGCGAAAAGGAAGGUGGUAAUGUCAGGCAAACGGGGUUUCAAUAAGCAGAACUUGUACUCUUGACUGUACGCCAAUUUUGGCGGCCGCCGCAAGCCGGGCAAGCCUAAGAAUGUUCCUAGGACGCAUGGACAUCUUGCGGGCGGCCACCUGUUCAGCCAACUGUCCUUAGUGUGCAGAUUGUCUUGCAAAACUCAGGCGCGACCCCAACAUGGGGUGCAUAACUCACGGACCUUGUACAAUCCUUGACCAUACUGCGGGCAGACUCAUAGUUGAGCUCCAGACGUAUGCUGCUGAAAAUACGUUCGCCGUUGCUCCAAAGGCCUAGGUAGCCCUAGAUCCAAUGACCAUGCUGAAUUGACACAUGCCGCAGUGCUGGCAGGCACGCUAAACAUCUAAAAGACGUAAAUACGCAAUAGCGGCU